CCUUUGUAUUCCACUACCAGACGCUUGGAUAUCUGCAGAAUUUCAGUGGCCCUGUCUGAUUCGAACCAGGACAGCUAUGUUCAGACAAGGCUGCAGGUCAGCAGCCCCCCUCUGCGGCCCACCCUGGGCUUCUGUCCUCUUGUUAUGCACUGCAGGUCUCUUGAGCACAGAGUUGAAAGGUGCCCAAGGGAUGCAGGUGACGUCCACGGGCCCGCAGACCAUCCAGAAGGCCGAGGGAGAGAGUGUGACUCUAGGCUGCAGCUACACACUGAGCCCUUUCGACUCUGGGGAACUCGACAUUGAAUGGUCCGUGGUCAGUCCGGACACCACACAGAAAGACCUGAUGCUCAUAUCUUACACAAGCGGCACUAAAUAUACCCAUGGCGACCAUGCUCUUGCAACAGGACUCAACUUUGCUGCCCGUGACCCCUCAAUGGGUGACGCCUCGCUCUCCAUCUCUCGGCUGUCACCCGCCCAAAGCGCCACCUACCAGUGUAAGGUGAAGAAAUCACCCGGAGUGGACAUGCGCAAGGUGACACUGGUGGUAAUGGCGAAGCCGUCCGUGCCUAAAUGCUGGGUGGAGGGAGGCGAGCUGGUCGGCAAGGCUGCGUCGCUGCGCUGCAAGUCUGCAAGGGGCUCCACUCCCUUAGCCUACACGUGGAGGAGAGAGAGCGGAGGCCCCAUGCCUGCUGCAGCCACACAGGACAGCGUGACUGGGGAGCUGAAAAUCAGCAACCACUCGCAGAGCGCUGCAGGGAUCUACCUCUGCGAGGUGAACAAUGCUGUGGGAGCCGAGCGCUGCAGGAUCAACCUGAAAGCGAACAAACCUCCGAACAGAGCCGCGGUGAUCGUCGGCGUCACUGUGGGCUCUCUGCUCCUCAUCUUCGUCUUGCUGGUCUUCAUCGCGCUCCUUUACUGGAAGUUGAGCAACCUGCGCCGCCAUGAGAAGGAGUUCUCCAACGAUAUCAGAGAGGACUCUCCUCCUCCUGAGAGCCGCCCGGCCAGUCGCCGUACGAACCGGAGCGCCAGUCAGCACCCACAGGUUACUUACUCUCCGGUGGGUGGGGCUGAUGUGAGCUCUUUCAACGGAGGAUACCCACACACUCUAUCCAGCAGGCCACCAGUGGAAUACGACAGCAGAUACGGAUAUGGAGUCUGACGAAAAACAACAGAGCUGAACUGAGAGACUUUUGGCUUUGAUUGCGUCGUUUGGGGACAAGAUUCAUGACAGUUUGGACACUUGAAACUGAAAAAGAUACAAAACAUGUGUGUAAUUACCUGAUUGCAAGGCUGUGCGGAUUACCGUCCAUUUUGAUUACCUUAAAAUUAUCAUAGGCAAGCAGCCCACACGGAAAGAACCUAUAUGACGAUAUAUGCGCAUAUAUGAAAACUAUGUGCAGCUUAUCUGCACAUAUAUACAGCAUAUAUACAGCAUGCCCAUAUAUGAUAAUAGAUAUGCCGCACAUAGGCUGCAUAUAGGCCAAAUUCAGGUGCAUAUAUGUGCAUAUACAGGGCAUAUAGGUCCCUAUAUUGCUUCUUUAUAUCCACAUAUAAGCCAUAUAUGUACAUACAAGGUAUGUCUCCUAUAUAGCUCAUAUACCCAGAGGCAGCUUCUGUUUGUCAUUCCUACUGUAUAGCUCAUAUCUAACUUUUGCAACUGUCAUACAUGAUGCCUGGCUCAUAUUUUUAUUCUCAAGGUAAUACCUGCAUAUUUGUCCAAGGAGAAAGAAAUAAUUUCAUGCAAUAACUUAUUAAUCGCAUGUGAACACUUGAAAUUGGCAUCCCAUUUGAUCCUAACGCUAUAUGGAAACCAGUCAUUAUUAACUAAGUUACUGCCCCCUUUACAUCAGUUUGUUGUUACAUAUUAAUUAUUGAAAAUUGUCGUCAUAGAAUAAUAUACACACUUUCCUUUUUUGUUUAUUCCCAACAUUUUUAGAGGCAACUAACAUCAUGUAACACUAGCCAAGUGUUGCAUAAUUGAUGACAUCACCCUCAUGAGCAGAACAAGCAGAAGCAGCUGGGAGCAAAAAUGGCCCUAUCACCCUCGGAGAUCAGAUAUGCCCUGCUUGAAGGGUGGGGAUAGAGGGGCACAUAGUAUUUUGGCCCUUGACUGUGUCCGCAAUUUUUCAGUUAAAGAUUUUUUGGAGGGGACUGAUAAGGGAGCCGAGGAGCACUUCAUAUAUGUAUAUGUAAAUAUAUGUACAUAUAUGUUCAUAUAUAAUAUAUGAAAAAGGCCAAUUUUGUGUAUGUCACAUAUAUUCGAAAACCUAUAUUAAAAGUUAUAUGUUUAUAUAGGUUCUUCCCAUGUGGGAGUAGGUUCUGUUAUGACAUGCAGUAUCUGUUGUCAUGGAAAAUUCAGGUAAACGCUCAUAUCACCAUGACAGACAGCUUGUUGUAGGACUCCUUAUUUUCACAAAAAAAUAUACUGUUUUCUGAAAGUUCGACAUCAAUGAUUGGGUAUUUUCUAUCACUUCCGAUGAAGCCUUAAAGGAGCUCUAUGUUACAAUUUGUAACAAUUUUUUACAUGUAUUUUUCAUUUUUUGAUUGGCCAAUACGUGAGCAGAUUUUAGCGCAGAGAGCACAGUAGCCAACCUAAGUUUGAAAGUUGAGCUUUCCUACGCAAAAACAUGCUUCCACAACAGAACCAAAGUUCCACAGAGCCUCGUCAAACACUCAGAAUACAAAUCAAGAUUCAAAAAGGCUCAGCCUCAAAUUUAAACCAAAAGAGAAAUAUUUAUUUCAUGAUAGACCUCAUUUGGAAAUACUCAACCAUUCAAAAAAAUGGACACGUUUAAGUACUUUUUUUUUUUCGAGGAUGUAAUUGACAGGAGUUGAAAUAUCAACAGCCACAUGCAAUGGGUUUUUGUC